CGGGGCUGCGAGGCCCGCGGGGCGGCAGGCGGCGGCGGCGGCCCGGGGCUCGAGCCCGGAGGCGGGAGCGGCCGCCAUGGCCGAGAGCAUCAUAAUCCGCGUCCAGUCCCCAGAUGGUGUGAAGCGGAUCACGGCCACCAAGAGAGAAACAGCUGCAGCGUUUCUGAAAAAGGUCGCAAAGGAGUUUGGCUUCCAAAAUAAUGGCUUCUCCGUUUACAUCAAUAGAAACAAGACUGGAGAGAUAACUGCAUCAUCUACCAAAUCCCUGAGUCUGCUCAAAAUCAAGCAUGGAGAUCUGCUGUUCCUCUUCCCUUCGGGCCUCGCGGGGCCCUCGUCAGAAAUGGAGACGUCGGCCCCGCUGGGGUUGAAGGCCUGCGGUGCUCCCAACGUGGUAGAAGAUGAGAUCGACCAGUACCUCAGCAGGCAGGAUGGGAAGAUCUACCGAAGCCGCGACCCCCAGCUGUGCCGACACGGCCCCCUGGGGAAAUGUGUGCACUGUGUUCCGCUAGAGCCGUUCGACGAGGACUACCUGAACCACCUCGAACCUCCUGUGAAGCACAUGUCCUUCCACGCCUACAUCCGAAAGCUGACCGGGGGGGCCGACAAGGGGAAAUUUGUUGCUCUGGAGAACAUCAGCUGCAAAAUUAAAUCAGGAUGCGAGGGACACCUUCCAUGGCCUAACGGCAUCUGUACCAAGUGCCAGCCAAGUGCCAUCACGCUGAACAGACAGAAAUACAGACACGUGGACAAUAUCAUGUUUGAGAAUCACACGGUUGCUGAUCGCUUCCUUGACUUCUGGAGGAAGACAGGGAACCAGCACUUCGGGUAUUUGUAUGGACGGUACACAGAGCACAAAGACAUUCCUCUUGGCAUCAGGGCCGAAGUGGCUGCAAUUUAUGAGCCUCCUCAGAUUGGCACACAGAACAGCCUGGAGCUUCUGGAAGACCCGAAAGCUGAGGUUGUGGAUGAAAUUGCUGCCAAGCUUGGCCUGAGGAAGGUUGGCUGGAUAUUUACAGACCUCGUCUCAGAAGACACCCGGAAGGGUACAGUGCGAUACAGUCGGAAUAAGGACACCUAUUUCCUGAGUUCGGAAGAAUGUAUCACGGCUGGAGACUUCCAGAAUAAACAUCCCAACAUAUGUCGCCUCUCUCCCGAUGGACAUUUUGGAUCCAAGUUCGUUACUGCAGUGGCUACAGGUGGCCCCGACAACCAGGUCCACUUUGAAGGGUACCAGGUGUCCAAUCAGUGCAUGGCACUGGUCCGUGACGAGUGUCUGCUGCCGUGCAAGGAUGCCCCUGAGCUCGGCUAUGCCAAGGAGUCCAGCAGCGAGCAGUACGUGCCUGACGUGUUUUAUAAGGACAUAGACAAGUUCGGCAAUGAGAUCACCCAGCUGGCCCGGCCCCUGCCCGUGGAGUAUCUGAUCAUAGACAUCACAACAACUUUCCCCAAGGAUCCAGUUUAUACUUUUUCUAUUUCGCAAAAUCCAUUUCCUAUUGAGAACCGGGACGUGCUGGGUGAGACACAGGACUUCCACAGUUUGGCCACCUAUCUGUCCCAGAAUACCUCCUCAGUGUUCCUGGACACCAUCUCGGAUUUCCAUCUCCUGCUGUUUCUGGUCACCAAUGAGGUCAUGCCUCUGCAGGACAGCAUCAGCCUGUUGCUAGAGGCCGUGAGGACCAGAAACGAGGAGCUUGCGCAGACGUGGAAGAAGUCUGAACAGUGGGCCACCAUCGAGCAGCUCUGCAGCACAGUCGGAGUGCAGCUUCCAGGCCUGCACGAGUACGGGGCCGUGGGCGGCUCCACGCACGCCGCCGCCGCCGCCAUGUGGGCCUGUCAGCACUGCACCUUCAUGAACCAGCCGGGCACCGGCCACUGCGAGAUGUGCAGCCUCCCUAGGACCUAGGCCCCCGGCCCUGCUGGCAGGACUCAGCCCCCCGCAGCCCUCUCUGAAGCCGGGAUCAUUGCAACCGUCGCCCCGCGCUGGGCAGCCCUCAAGGGGCUUCUCAGCACCAGGCUUCCGCGCAGGGAGAGCCAGCCUGGUGCUCUGCGGGCUGACAGCAGCCUCCUCGCGGAGCGGCUCGGUGAUCCCCCGGGCACCCCGCACCGGCCUCCAAGGCGGUGGAAGGCCCUGGGCGCCUCGGCAUCGUUGCCUGGGGCUGGGAGGGGCGCGGAGGCCGCACUGCCGCCAUCCAGCUUUCUCUUCCCCUCCCUUUCGAUGCUUUUUGUUCUUGCCCCUCCCGUGGCUCCGGUGGGAGUGUUUGGCGGCCGUCGUACCUGUUGCUCCGGGCAGACCCUGCCCGGGAGGCCGCUUCGCCCCCUGCCAGUAGCUGUUGUCUGGCGGAGACGUGAGCGGCACCGGGGUCACCGGCCUGCUGUCUGCUUGAUCCGCGGCCUGGUUUGCUGCCCACCCUUCGUGCUCUCACCAGACAUCCAGGUGGGAUUUUUAAAGUCUGCGUUGGUUGUAAUAACAGUUAUCAGUAAUUUCUGCCCAGAAGAUUUUUAUUUAUUUCUUUUUAAGAUAAAAACAACGUAAAAGGGGAGUGAGAGAGACUAGUUUCCACUUCCUGCCCUCCCGUGCUGAGUCCCUGGGAGUGGGCACCGAGUGGGCACAGGGUGGGCGAGGGUGGACAGAGACCCACAGUCGGUUCUUGGAAGUAAACCUCAGUGCCUGAGACUUUCCUGCCGCCACAGCUGCAGACUCGGUGGCCCAGCAGGAGGGCGGCGGUGGCUCCUGCCAGCCAUCACCCCCACCGCGGAGGCCUCGGGCCAGGCCUGCGUGGGGCGAGCUGGGCCGUCCGGGACCAGAAGCUCUGGCCCCUUUGCCCUGGACGCCGUUUCCUCCUGCUGCCCUGCCCGCCCCCGGCCGCCUGCAGUGGGAGAGUAGGGGCUUGGCCUGUAGCAAGAGCGCUGAGACUGCCAUGGGGGUCCCCGGACAGGGGUCGAGGAGGGCAGACCUUGCAUGUGCUCUGGGGUCCCUGGGGACUUGUGCGCGGUACCCCGAUGCCUCUUUGCCUUAACGAGGGCCACGUCUCUUAGCUGCAUGACGCCCACGUGAGAGGCCGGCCUAGACACGGACUGUGCUGAGAGCUUCACGUCUCUGCCCUGGGGUGGGAGGCGGGCCUGUGUGACCUUCCCUUACCUGUUCUCUGCGUGUUGGCUUCUUUUGUGGUGAGGGCUGUGCCUGGCACCUCGAAGUCCACCUGGUGUGGGGCACACAAGACUUGUCUGCUCUCCAGGCCAGGGGUCAGUCGGGUGGGUCUGGCCUCAGCAGGGCCAUCAGUUGGGGGCAGGAUGCGCGUGGCAGGAGAGGUGCAGAGCGGCCCGCCUGAAGCAGAGUCCCCGCCAGCGUGGCCCCAUGUCGUCAGGCCCCUGUGAUCCAGUGUGAGGCUGCGGAGGACCCCGUGCUCAGCCUGUGUGUCCCCCUGCGGCCCCCCCACCGGCUCUCCUGGUGCCGCCUUCACCCACCUGCUCCUUUCCGUCUCCCUUCAGCCAAGUCUCCUCACUCUGGUGUUCUGGCAGACGCGGAACACGGUUCCUUCCGUCUCUUAGCUGAAGGAAAAGCGUUGGAAUUUCUCUGCUUCUGGUUCCUAGUCACUCUUUGUUCAGUAACGCACUUUAUUUUAUUGUCCAAAUAAGACAGGCUCAGAGCUCAGCAUGAGGGUGUGGGGGGCAUGGCCUUGGCCACGGGCAUGCAGCCACCUCUUCUUGCCCGGGGCAGGGUCCCCCAGCCCCACCCGCAUCCUCCUUGCCUUUGUGUGGACACACCCUCUUGUCACCAGGCAAGGGGUGACAGCGUGCUCGCCUGUCCAGGCGCACGCAGCUGGCUGCCCCGACCGCCUCUGACCAGUCUGCUCCUGGUGCUCGCGCUCAGCUCCGCUUGGGGCUCGCAGGGGUGCGUCAGUGGGUUUGCGUUAGCGUUACCUGGAUUCCCGCCCCGCCGGGAAACUAAUAAAACACCUGAAGCGAC